AUGGCUCAGCCAUUGACAGAAAACCCUUCCAGUUUGAAUUUUAAUCCUCCAGAUGACUCCCUCGAACGCGAAUGGGACACAGGAAUUAUCCCUGCACCAGGCACAGGAGGGUUGGAAGUUGCCACGCAAAAUGCUCCCUUUCGAAUCCUAGUUGCAGGCAAAACAGGUGUUGGGAAAUCCACACUAGUUGCCGCAGUGUUCGGGGUCCCGCCUGCUAAAAUCGGAGCUAGCGACAGCCUGGAGAUGGGCACCCCAAUCGAUCAGAUUCAACGAGAAUGGCGUUUCGAGGAUAACGACAAAUUUGUUCUCCACGAUACCGGAGGUUUCAUGUCAGGCGAGAAUGUGGCCAUUGACACAGUACUGCAUCAGCUGUGCGGAUGCGAGGCUAAUUCAUCCCAUCGACAAGCAGUUUCUACAAGAAGCGAGGGCUGGCGGCAUCCCGUGCGGAUUGUCUUCACCAGAUUUGACAAAAUGGUCGAAAGACAUUUCAAACGCCUUGAGAGGUCAAUAGAGAUCAAAACCAAGCACGGCCAUGGAGUCAUCGCCCUUGCCAACGACGCCGCUAUCGCAGAGUUCCACGACAGAUGGCUGCCUUUAGUACGUGCUGAAUUCAGUGGUCAAGGUAGGAAGGGCAACUUUCAGUACGACUAUUCUUUAUCCGAGGACGUCUUUUUCACCAGAGUUGGAAUUCCCGAGGCAGAGUAUGCACCUAAAUCAGAAAAGUUGGAGGUCGAUGAUUCUACUGGUGUCAAUCUUUUGGCCGAACUUACCAUCGAGCACUUAAGUAGAGAAGAGGAUCGCACGCGCUUGGCUAAAGCACAACAAGAUGUCGGACUUAAAAGGAAGUACUCUUGUGACCAUGCCAUGCAAUCUUUCUGGCAAGUUCAAACAACUGGAAAUCUUCCCAUAAUUCCAUUUGUAGGUGCAGCCGGGGUUUAUAACGCCUUUCUCAGUAUCCUUGGAGUCAUCGAUGACUAUUGGGGUAUAACUGGCACAGCAACCUUCAUAAGGACUAUCGCCAUGCGAGAUUUGAUGCUUUCAGCUACGCUGGACGUUGACAUUUUUGGCCGCAUUGGAUUUGGAUUCUUGAAGUGCUUCGAUAUCACCGGAACGAUACUAUAUCCUCUGAUAGUGAAGAUGUUUUUGAAACUAUUGGCGGGUACUGUUCUAAUCUAUGAGAGGCUGUUCUGGAAGCAUAGAGAGACAGGCUACUCAAUCAAAAAGGAAGAAAUGACAUCUAUUGCGAAGGCUUUCAAGACGAGUGGGGAAAGGCGAGCGAUGGAUCGUAUUAUCACGGAAGACUUCCAAAAACGCAUGACGUUCUUCAAAACGGAAUGUACAGAUAUCGUGAAGAAAGCAGUUGAGCAAGGGAAGUACAACGGAAACUAG